UCACUUCCAGCGCCGCCUGGCUGGCAAUGCUGCACGGGCAUCGGACUCAGUUGGUGUUCCGGUUUCGGGUUGUGCUGUCAGUUGCCUUUUGCCUCCAUGCACAGCGGCUGAGCGAUUGAACGAUUGAACGGUUGGACGGUUGGUUGAGCGGUGGAGCCGUUGAGAGUGUGCUAACGGAGCUGGAGAGUUUAGCCGCGCUGCCCGUGGUCUGUGUCUGCGUCUGUGUCCGUGUCCGUGCGUAUCUCCGUGCGUGUGCGUCUCUCUCCGAGUGUGUGUGCGUAUGCCUGUGCGUGUGUGUGCCUGUUGUCUGUCGCUAACGGUGCGCGCGCUGUGUAUGUGUGCACAACAAUACUAUACAUAUAUAUAUUUAUAUAUAUAUAUAUAUACUAAUACAAGUGUGGCCCGCACUCACACACGGCCAGCAGAUAAUUUAUUUCAAAUAUGUACAAUAAUUCCAGCAGCCGUCGACACGCAUAACACAGGCAAUGGAUGGCAGAACUAAAACCGGAUACCCGCAUAAACAAAUAUAAGCCUACAUAUAAUACAUUAAACUAAGCAAUAUUUAAUUUGGUUGAAAGUCUAAAAGUUGCGGAAAUAAACAUCAACCAGUGAAAAUUCUUUAAUCGUUGAUUUCGCGAACAAAUUAAACCAUGACUAAAGCAAUUUUGUAAUUAUAACAAAGACAAAUCGAACGGAAAAAGGUAGUUAAUAAAUAACGAUGUUGCAAAACUAAAAAAAAAACACUUUAAGCCAGUUGUAAACAUUAAUACCGUCAUACAUCAUAUAAAAGCAUACAUACCUAAAUUCAAAACACACAAUGACAAAACAAUUUUAAUAUCCACAAAAACAAAAUAAGAACAAAAGCAAACCAGAGCAUAUAUUAACUUGAAUAAGAAGUGUUCUAUUAUAUAGAAAACUCAUUUUGUAAGUGAUGUUUAAAUUCGAUAAGCAACUGAAACGCGCACAAGAUUGAUACAAAUUUUUAAUAAUAAAACGUUAAAGCAUAAGGACCACCCCAAGAGAACUACAGCUCAAUUGGCUAAAGAAUAAAAACGGGAUAAUUAGGAAAUUCCUUGAAGAUCUUCGAUUUACUGAAAUUGAAUUAAUCGAUUCAACUCGAUACAAUACAUACGCAUAUUUCAAUAAUCGCAUCUAACUAAAUAAUAAUUAUUAUUGAACUAAAAUUAAUUGCAUUAACUUCAUUACUUAUCAAACCAAAAAUCUGAAAGAAAAAUUAAAUAAAAAAGGUUGAGCACUUGUUAUAAAACAACGCAAGAAAAAAUCAAGCAAGUUUAACUCACAAAUCAGUAAACGGUAUAAAUCUACAAACAAUUAUUCCACACGAUCAGCUCAAUCCUUAUAUGCCAAUUGGAAAAAAUUUUGAUUGCAAAAAAUACGGAAAAGGAAUAUAUAGCCGCCAUUUUUGCAUACACAGAAAAGAAAGAAGUCAAGUAAAUCAAUAGUAACCAAAUGCUACAAAGCACUGCCAUAUACAACUGCAACGGAUUGCAUUGUGAGAACUAAUUGAAUAGCUCAACAUUUAUAGAAAAACAACACGAGAGUAUAGAGUCAUAAUAAUAAUAGCAACUACAGAAUAGAACAACUAUACAAGCUCGGAGACCACGAACAAAUGAGAGAGAAAACGCAAAACAGGAACAUAAACAGCAAAUUAAGAACUUGUAAAAUCUCCCAGUUUCUCCUAAUGAAUGAAGCCGAAAAACGGGAAAGGAAGUUGAUAUAUAAACUUUUAUUGUAGGAAAUAACUCAUAAAAAGAAUAGGAAAACGCUCUUCGGGUUGUAAAGAAAAUAAGAAGACAUAAUAAUGUUGCAAACAAUAAAACAUAUACUUGCCAUAUUGAUAUAAAAGGAGAACGUUGAAAGGCGGUGAAAAUUUCAUAAGAUUAGUAGGUAUUAAGGAAAGCCCUGGCACACAACACAAAAGGAAAUAAGGGAACUAAACCCCCUCAAAAAAGAAGGAACAAUGAAAGCUGCAGCAGCUGGAUAAGGCCGAAAAAAUCACAAAAUUAAAUUAUAGUAAUCUAGUAGGAAGCAGACAACAUAUCCGCUGGAAACAACCAACACCGAAAGAGACUAUGAAAAAUGCACAACUGAAACUGACUGAAGUUGACGAUGAUGAGCUGUGGCUGGCAGUAAGAUUAGCGCACUGCACCACCAGCAGCAGCAGCAGCAGCAGCAGCAGUUGCAGCAGCAGCAACACCAAUAGCAACCCGAGCAACAGCAACAGCAGCAACAACAAGAGGCUUAGCCAGCAACUCACCCAACUGCAACCAAGGAGCUUAAGUACAAAACACCACAGCAACAUUGCAAACAAGCAGCACAAUAGCCAAGAACAGAAGCCAGCACCAAAAGCGGAAUAUGUAGCCACCCACGUGAGCAGCAAUGACCAGCAGCAACAGCUAGACAGCAGCAACAUGUUGUCGCCAAAGUCAGCCGCAGCAAUAGCAUUUGCUGGCGGCGAUCAAGCAACAACCCAACAACCAACAAACAUAAGACUGUGUGCACGCAAGAAACAAAGAUUGCGUCGCCGACGAAAAAGAAAACCAGCAGCCCCAAGCGAAGCAGAAGCAGCAACAGCAACAGCAGCAGCAGCAGCAGCAUCAGCAGCCACAUUAAUAGCAGCAACAACUAGCAAUAGCAACAGCAUAAGCACCAGCAAUCUGCAUCCGAUAGCCACCUACAUGCAAUGUCGCACCAACGACAACGACACCAGCAGUCCGAAAUCAAGUCAUGACCUGUACCCGGCCACCUUCGUGAGAAUGUUGCAGGUGUUGCUGGUAUCGCUGCAACAGUGGCAACUUCACGUGCAACAGCGAGCGGUACUUCUGGUCAGAGGGAUCGCGAUCAGCACCACCACCUUCAUUUCCUAUUUAGGCAGCUUUGCGGCGCAGCUGAGGAGCAGAUGCCAUCACAGCAGCAGUUCCAGUAACCACAGCAGCAGCAGCAGCACGCAAAUAAUCAACGGACUUAAUAAGCACUCAUGGAUAUUUUUAUUGAUAUAUUUGAAUUUAUCUGCUAAAGUUUGCCUAGCAGGAUAUCAUGAAAAGAGACUGUUACAUGAUCUUUUGGAUCCCUAUAACACACUAGAACGUCCCGUUCUCAAUGAAUCGGACCCGUUACAAUUAAGCUUUGGGUUAACUUUAAUGCAAAUUAUCGAUGUGGACGAGAAAAAUCAAUUGCUAGUCACGAAUGUGUGGUUGAAACUAGAGUGGAACGACAUGAAUCUGCGCUGGAACACCUCCGACUAUGGAGGAGUGAAGGAUCUGCGCAUUCCGCCGCACAGGAUUUGGAAGCCGGACGUGCUGAUGUACAACAGUGCGGAUGAGGGAUUCGACGGCACCUACCAGACGAACGUGGUGGUGCGGAACAACGGAUCGUGCCUGUACGUGCCGCCGGGGAUCUUCAAGUCGACAUGCAAGAUCGACAUCACGUGGUUCCCCUUCGACGACCAGCGCUGCGAGAUGAAGUUCGGCAGCUGGACCUACGACGGAUUCCAGCUGGAUUUACAAUUACAAGAUGAAACUGGCGGUGAUAUCAGCAGUUACGUGCUCAACGGCGAGUGGGAACUACUGGGUGUGCCUGGCAAGCGUAACGAGAUCUAUUACAACUGCUGCCCGGAACCCUAUAUAGAUAUAACCUUCGCCAUCAUCAUCCGCCGCCGUACGCUGUACUAUUUCUUCAACCUGAUCAUACCCUGUGUACUGAUUGCCUCCAUGGCCUUGCUCGGAUUCACCCUGCCGCCGGAUUCGGGUGAAAAAUUAUCACUGGGUGUUACCAUCUUGCUCUCGCUGACCGUGUUUCUCAAUAUGGUUGCCGAGACAAUGCCGGCCACUUCCGAUGCGGUGCCAUUGUUGGGUACAUAUUUCAAUUGCAUAAUGUUUAUGGUAGCUUCAUCCGUUGUGUCAACGAUUUUAAUAUUAAAUUAUCAUCAUCGAAAUGCUGAUACGCACGAAAUGUCCGAAUGGAUACGCAUCGUGUUUUUAUGCUGGCUGCCAUGGAUCCUGCGAAUGAGUCGACCGGGCCGCCCACUGAUCCUGGAGUUCCCGACCACGCCCUGUUCGGACACAUCUUCCGAGCGCAAGCACCAGAUACUCUCCGAUGUUGAGCUGAAAGAGCGCUCGUCGAAAUCACUUCUGGCCAACGUUCUAGACAUCGACGAUGACUUCCGGCACAAUUGUCGCCCCAUGACGCCCGGCGGAACACUGCCACACAAUCCGGCUUUCUAUCGCACCGUCUACGGUCAAGGCGACGAUGGCAGCAUUGGACCAAUUGGCAGCACCCGAAUGCCGGAUGCGGUCACCCAUCAUACGUGCAUCAAAUCAUCAACAGAAUAUGAAUUAGGUUUAAUCUUGAAGGAAAUUCGCUUUAUAACUGAUCAGCUACGUAAAGAUGACGAGUGCAAUGACAUUGCCAAUGAUUGGAAAUUUGCAGCUAUGGUCGUUGACAGACUGUGCCUUAUCAUAUUCACAAUGUUCACAAUAUUAGCCACAAUAGCUGUACUACUAUCAGCACCACAUAUUAUUGUCUCGUAGCCAUAUGGGCGAGGUGGUUAUUGUUAUUGGUUUUAUUAUAAAAUCAAUUUGUUAAUUAUUAAAUUAAUAACGAAACUUUUUAAGUAAAUUAAAACUAAAAAAGCAUAAAAAAACCACAAAAAAAUAGGAAAACACAUGAUAAAAAACCAUUGACUAAAUAAUACAUCUAAAAAUAUACUACAAAAAAAAAACAACUAAAAAUUCGUCUCUGAAAACACAAUAAUUUAUUUAUAAAACUCUCGUUUAAAAUGUCUUUCUUUAAAAUCAAACAGACACUAAAAAAGAGACUUAAAACCACAUCAUAUACUAAAACGUUAAAAACUAACUAAUUCCAAUUUUCCUAAUUCUAUACAAAAAAUCUAGAUAAUGGUAAAUCAAAGAAAUCCCCUUCCUUCCCCGCAAGCCACCACAAGCCAGUAUCUAUAUUUCUUCCAUUGAAUAUAUAUAUAUACAUAUAUGUUUGACAAGCGAGCAAAACGGGUAUAUUUUCUUUUAAAUUUUAUAUUUUAUAGAAUAAGCGAGGCGAUUUCAACAAAGUAGUCACACGAAUUUUCGAAACUUUUUUUUUGACAGACUUCAAAGGAAAUUGCGGUAUUUCAAAGCAAAAGCAAAACCCCAGACCUUUUUGGAAGACUUCAAUUUGUGAGCUUUAUAGUAGAAAAUAUAGGUGGGAAAUUUGCAACGUGUAUAUGAUAUGAAAACCCAACGUUUUUGGAUCUACAGAAGGACAACUAAAUUUGUAAUCUUCUUCAGCAUUGAAGUCAGUCCAGGGACUUGUUCCGAGCAAUUUUUUGCUUACAAUUAGUACUUAGGCCAAUCAAAUCAGUCCUCCACAUCCCCCUCUCUAGACGAAACUGCAUUUCCAAAACAGAACCAAUUAACCCUACAUAUCCUUAACUGUGUAUCUAGAUCCCAGUCCCUUAUUUGAUCUUAAGUUCAAUGUCUAACCGAAACUUGAUAAAUCCAAAACCAAAACCCAAAAACUAAAAACUAAAAACUAAAAACCAAACCCCUUAAAGCUUACCAAAACCAAUAGAAUAACCAAUCUAAAUUGGAAUUACGAAAAUUCACUGGAAUAUAACAAAGAAAUUUGAAAAAUCAAAAUGAUGAUGAAAAGAGCAAAGAAAAUAAGAGUAAUUGGGAAGAGACGAGGCACAACAGGUAAUGAAGAGCCCAGAAUGCGUUCAGUAAAUGAAAUGUAUCCGAAGGACUGCAUUUCAUGUUGACUGGCGCCGUAAGAGGAAAUGAAUUUAUGAAAUUAAAUGGUUGCGAGCAAUAAUAUCUGCGUGUUGAUGAAUUGCAUGAUUUUUGGUGAUGCAAACGAUGAUCGAUCGAACUAUUGCGCAAGGUCCACGACAGAGGCAAGAGUUCGCUCCUUCAGCGCAUUGAGAACAGCUACACAGUCUAACUUUCGGUAUUGAUUUCCCUUAUUUACACUUUCGUUUUGUUUUCGAUUAUUGAAUACUAAAAGAUAAGGACACCAGAAAGCAAUUCAACACAGAAUACAAGUCAAACAAUCGAUUGGAAUAGAGGCAAGCCAACAAAUACAGUAUGCGAUACCAAUAUACCAAGAUACCAAUAACAAUGAACAUCACAAGACCCUAGAACACUUAACAUGCGGGUGCAUGGGUAAUUAUGUGCUUGCUUUAGUGUGGAGCGCACAAAACAUACUUGAUCACAGACCACGACAACCAAAACAUAUAAACCAAGGAGCUUUAUACAGAUAUAUAUGAUGGAGUUUAGCGUGAGUCAAUCUGACCCAACUUUUCAUAUAUUUGUACCACACACGAAUCCACACAACACACACACUCGGUUGUUCGGUGGCCGGUUAAUCCCAAUAUUAUAAUCUUAAAGUAUGUUUCUGUCCGCUAACUAGACAAGCACACAAUUCGAUAACAAAACAAAGAAAUACAAGAAACAAAAAUCUUAAAAAUUAACACGGAAUGGGAGUUGAAUGAGGAAAUGCGAAGGGAAGGUUGGUGAGACUCCAACCGAAAGACUCCUAAAAGGGUCUGCUUCGUAUUUUCUGAUGGGACCCCGUUCCCAAGAAUAGAAAAAAAGCAAAACUGUGUUGGACGAAAUUUCACACUGACUUUUCUUUCCACACAAAAGCAAAGAAAACGUUCGAAAUGGAAUUAGCUUUUUAAUUUUUAAGUUACAGUUAUUCUGCUUCUAAUUGUAAAUCUUGUGCAAUGUAAACAAUCAGAAUUUUCUUUGAAUAUAAACAAUAUGAACACACCAAAACCAAAACGAAAAAAACAUAAGCAAACACAGUAAGAAAUGCAAAAAAAAAUGCAGAAGUAAAUAAAGGAAAUAUGAUUAGCUACUAAAUGACGUCAUUCAACUUAGACUAGGCUACACAAAAACCCAUAAAUUGUUAAGAUUCUAUCCAAAGCGCUAAGCAUGCGAAGUCACAAAACAUACUAGAAAUAGAUUUACAUACAAACAAUAAAUAUAUUUCGAAUAACGAACAAACAAGAUGAGAAACUAUGCAUAUUGACACAAUUGGUUUUUACGUGAUUUCAUUAACGGAUUUCGAACAUCAAUUUCAUACAGAUUUUGUAUACCAAACUAUACAAAUUUCUGACUUACUCUAUUUUUGGUUUUUUUUUUUAUUUUCGAAUGACUCAAGAACAUUUAUAAUUAAGGUCUAGCUUUUGAUAAUCGAUCCGAAGUGUAAAAUAAUAUGAGAACUUGUUAUAUUUUGAUGAAAGGUGAAAUUCUUUUACAUUUUGUUGUACUGCCCACAAAAUAGCUUGAAAGCCAAUGGAUCGGAGAAGGAAUAAAUUUGUGGGGUCUUUUCUUAAUGUAUUUGAUAAACAUAUUUUUUUUUAUAUGCUUUUCCAAUGCGAAUGUCAGUGAGAACAAUUAACGAUAGAUUUCAAUCCUAACGCUUAAGAGUAUUAAACAAAUAAUAAUAGAGAACAUAGCGAACAAGCUGCCAGCAUGAAAAAUAAAAACAAUAACUAAUUUUAAAUCUUUUAUACAUUUUCAUCAAUUGUGCUUAUUUAAACACAAAAGAAAACAAACCAAAAAGCCCAACUGAAAUAUCUGAUGGCCGUUUUCAAAUAGCAAUCAAUAACUGGAUUAUGUUGAAUAUCCAAUUAGCUGAAGUUGAACAGAAGUUUUCAUAAAAGCAAUUUUUAAAGAAAGUGUCACCCCCAGUAAAUAAAUACAUAGAAAAUAGAAAGGCUCUCUGGGCUGAAUAAAAUUGAUAGGCAACAUUAGUUGGAGCCAUGCAAUGGAGCAAGAUGAAGGAGUUUAAUUCUAAUAACGUUCUAGUGCAUAAAGGGGACAGUUUGGAAAAUAGUUCUUUCAUCAACCAUUAAAUACACAGUGUAUACAUAUAUGUGUAUAUUUACAUGGAUAUAUAUGUGCAUACGUAUAUACUUCUUUUUACACAGACAAACAAGUAUAUAUUAAAUAUAUAUAGUAUACUAUGUAAUAAAUUAUAAAACAAGAUAUUUGAAGCAAAUGAUGAAACUUUUUCCUACAACUAGUUGCAUUUAAAUGAAUUUUAAAAAAUAUACAUUAAAAGUAUAUAUUUCUUAAAAAACAAAAAAAAAACCAACUCCUUUCUCUAUUAAAAAUAAAAAUGAAAACACACAAAACUUUAAAUUAAUAUUUAAUUAGUCAUUUAAAAGGGUUUAAAGCAAACCAAAUCAAGCGGGAUGAAAUCGUAACCUAGUAAAUAUUUAAAUUAAAUUAAUUUUAAAAAAAGUGAAAAAGAAACAAGAACACAGAAAACAAAAGAAAAGCGCUGAUUUUUUAUGUCGUUAUUAGUAUUUAAAUUUAAAUAAUUGCGUAUAAAAAAACAUACAUAACUAAAACAAAAACACAAAAUAUAUGACAUAAAAAAUUAGAAGAAAAUUUAAAUUGGUCAUUUUGACCUAAAUAGUAAAUUAUAGAAGAAAAAUAAAAUAAAAGUUGAAAGAAACAAUGAAGAAAAGAAAAGAAGAAGCCCGAAUAAGGCGAUUGUAAAAUUUUAAUUAUUAUUCAAUAAUAAAAAUUCAAAAAGAAAAGAUUUGACAGAAAUACAAAAAAAAAGCGUAGGUUUUUUUCUCUCAAAAAUAUUACACUUGGACCAACGGCUUGGACGAUGAUGCUGAAGACAUAAGUGAAGUUUCUGCUCCUGCCGCCUACGCACAAAGGUAAAUUGUGUAAUGCUCUCGAUCGCCUCUGAGCUAGGAUUAAGGUACUCUAUAUCACACAUUUGUCACAUAUAAAUAAAAAUGUAAAUAAACAUGUAUCAAUGUUCAUUUAAACGAAAUUCAUAAUGUCACAUACUCAUAGCAAAACAACUCUUAACACACUGUAAAAAAUGCUUACAUUACGAAGUAGCAAAUGGACAAGGAAACGCUAUAAACUUAAAAAACAAAAAAAGCAGAGUCGUUUGACAUUUAUAUUCAAAGUGGUAAAAUUUCGAAAAAAAUUUUGGCAAAUUUUACUAACGGAAAAUUCUGAUUCCCUCGCGCAGUUUGUCAACAACCAGCUGAAAGCGAAAUUAAAAACCAGUUCCUUCUUUACAAUA